GUUCCGGCUCAGUGAUGGUCAUUGCAGCAUCUCUCAGAGACGCUCAACAGCUUGGAAUCUUGCCUUGUUGCCAGAAAUUCCCGGCGUCGUUGGGUCUUUCUUGGCAUUCUCUAUACAUCUAUGCUGAUCGUCUGCGUCUUUCUUUUCCUUUACGGCCUCCUUGGACAGGUUGUCUCCGCAGUGACUCUAAUGUCCUUGGGGCUCGGUGCUGUCAAGCCUAAUGUCUUCUUAGUGGGUUGGUGUAUGCCCUCCUUUGGCAGCUGGGCACUUCUUGCCAAUGUGUUUGUUGCCAAUUCGCCGCAAGUCCUACUGUCGACAAUCUAUUUCACUUACAACAGCCUAUUUACCUGCUACUUGCUAGCAGUAGAAUGGAACUCCUUUGCACACCAACGGAAGGGCAUACGAGUCAGCAGUGAUACAGUCGGACAACAGAGAGCAAGCUACUUUCUACAGUUGCCUCUUCGGUGGGGUAUACCGUUGAUGACGCUCAGCGUCAUACUUCACUGGCUGUGCCCACAGAGCCUUUUUCUGGUCAGCAUCGGCUUCGAUCAUCUGGUCACGCAACAACUCGACACCUCCGGGUCUGUUAUCUGCAAUGUUAUCGAUGAUAUUUCUGGGCCUAGUACUGUUGGCGGCAGCACCACCGAGUGUUUCAACACUUUCAUCACCUGUAGCUAUCCCCGGUUACGCUCAUCAUCUUGACCAUUGCCCUGGGACUUCUCAUGAUCUGUUUUGCGGUCUUUAUCUCAUUUCGGCGGUUUCCGAAUGCAGGUAUGCCUGUGGC